AUGCAGACUCAUAGCUCCAUGAAAGCAUGCAGACCCUCACUCAUACCUGUCACCUCCCUUACAAUAAGAAGACAUCCGCUCAUUCAUCUCACAUGCCAGAGAAAAUGCAGACCAUUACUCAAUACCUGUUACCUCCCUGACAGUUUGAAGACUUCCGCUCAUGCAUAUCACCUCUAUAACAACAUGCACACCUCAGUGCAUACAGGUCUCCUCCAUAACAUCAUGUGGACUUCAGUGCAUACAGGUCUCCUCCAUAACAUCAUACAGACCUUGGUGCAUACAGGUCUCCUCCAUAACAUCAUGCAGACCUCAGUGCAUACAGGUCUCCUCCAUAACAUCAUGCACACCUCAGUGCAUACAGGUCUCCUUCAUAACAUCAUGUGGACUUCAGUGCAUACAGGUCUCCUCCAUAACAUCAUGUGGACUUCAGUGCAUACAGGUCUUCUCCAUAACAUCAUGCAGACCUUGGUUCAUGCAGGUCUCCUCCAUAACAUCAUGCAGACCUCAGUGCAUACAGGUCUCCUCCAUAACAUCAUGCAGACCUUGGUUCAUACAGGUCUCCUCCAAAACAUCAUGUGGACUUCAGUGCAUACAGGUCUCCUCCAUAACGUCAUGCAGACCUCAGUGCAUACAGGUCUCCUCCAUAACAUCAUGCAGACCUCGGUGCAUACAGGUCUCCUCCAUAACAUCAUGCAGACCUCGGUGCAUACAGGUCUCCUCCAUAACAUCAUGCAGACCUCGGUGCAUACAGGUCUCCUCCAUAACAUCAUGCAGACCUCGGUGCAUACAGGUCUCCUCCAUAAUAUGCAGACCUUCGUGCAUACAGGUCUCCUCCAUAACAUCAUGCAGACCUCAGUGCAUACAGGUCUCCUUCAUAACAUCAUGCAGACCUCGGUCCAUACAGGUCUCCUUCAUAACAUCAUGCAGACCUCAGUGCAUACAGGUCUCCUUCAUAACAUCAUGCAGACCUCGGUCCAUACAGGUCUCCUUCAUAACAUCAUGCAGACCUCAGUGCAUACAGGUCUCCUUCAUAACAUCAUGCAGACCUCAGUGCAUACAGGUCUCCUUCAUAACAUCAUGCAGACCUCAGUGCAUACAGGUCUCCUUCAUAACAUCAUGCAGGCCUCUGCUCAUUCAGGUCUCUUUCAUUUCCAUCAUGCAGACCUCUGCUCAUACGUUCCCUCUUUGAUAGCAUAUGUACCCACACACGUUUAUGUGGUCUGGACUGCUGUCCAAACCACAUUACCUCCAAAAGAGUAAAAAUGUCCAGCAAGAUUCUUUUAUUGCUUCCCUGCAAGUAUUUUAACAGUAAAUUGCCAAAAUCCCGGCAAAGAAUUCAAUGGCAUGUACCUCAAAUUUUUAACCAAGAUGUAUAAUUUGACCGUACUCCAGGAGUGAUAAGCUGAUAUUAUAAUGCUAUAACUAUAUCACUUAUACCAGUCUGCAAGUGCAGAAUUUCUAAUGUGCACCCAUAAACCAAUGGAUCUGAUGCGACUGUGAGCAAAUGAAGAGAUGAGGUGGUCUGCAAAUGGCCAUGUGCCCCCAUGAUUUUACUAACAACAUCAGUAACCGACGAGAGGGUGCCUGUUAAAAUUGGAUCGACGGAUAAACAGGCUUCCUUUCCGACUUCCUUCUCAGAAUUUUUUUAUCCUCUUCUUGGGAUUGACUUUUAAUUUACCGUUGCCAUUUUUUGCGACCCCCUUUGUUCUGAAAGCCUUACAUGCAGCUGUGCUCCAUCAGGCCAGGCGGAAGUGAACUCUCUGCUAAAGCAGCACUGUUUCUCUGCCAGAGAUUGGGAUCCUCUGUCCUCAGGUUCAGCAUCCUGUGAACUGACCCCCCCUCCUCGUUGCUCCUGUUCGUUGGACGGCCAAAGCUCCUCUCUAGCGGGGCUCUAGGACUCCGCUGUGAUCCCCGUGCAAACUGGCUUUAUAGAAAGCUUUGUCCUGCCCUGUAGCCAGCAUGGAGCUCGGGGCUAGUGAGGUCUGCAGCAGAUGCAGUCUGUGGGCUGGUCCUCUUUCUAAGUGCUGGCAGUCUGCUUUCAGCACUCCCUGCAUCUACCCCGGACACUGCAUCACAUCCCCGUUAGACAGAAGCACCGAAUUACAGUGUUAAUGACAGUGUUAAUGAGCGCAACAUGGGACAAAUCGGGCCUGCAGUGGAACACUAGCAAUGUGCCGAUUGUGCUUUUUAGGGGGGUAAAAACGCCAGCGGGGCAAAUGAAGCUUAUUUACUGACUUAUUAGGCGAGGUGUGUGUGGUGAUGCGUAGCUCAUGUGGUCAGGCCUCUGCUUUUUAGUUCUUCCGUCUCUAAGUGCACUUUUUACGUGGGGCACUGAAUGUCUCAUCAGAAUAACUCAAUUUAAUGGAUUAACCUUUUGUAUUUCGUCAAAUUAAGCAUGCAAAUGCUUAACAUUUAACAUUUACAAAACAAGACUUGGCAUGAAAAGCAAAUACAAUAAGACGAAUAUAUUGGUCCUAAAAGAUUCAUGUAACAACAUGUGAGCUCCAUUUUAAUCCGGCUUUGCUCAUUAUAUCUUUAUAAUCACUGUGCUUUUGCUGGAGGGUCACAAACUCCCACGUCACUCUUUUUCCAUCGUGUGUCUUUUUUAUUGUUAAACCCCUCCCUCUAGAUUUCAGGGACAUUAAAGCUUUACUUUUCUGUUCUCAAUAAAAAGCAGAAAUGCAACAA